UGAAUAUGCUGCAAAGAUGCCGGAUUCAAACAUUUAAAAACACUUUUUGGCAUUGGGGACACCGUGGCGAGCAUAGUGAGCUCUAUGCCCAGCUCAAAUUUCUCGGGGCGUUGCCCACGAAGAUAAUUCCCAGCCAUCGAAGUUGAUCGUCGAGCCUCACUACUUAAGCCAGUGAUUGGAAUUCGUUCCAGGGGAUUUGGCCAAAGAUCUCAAGAGCAGCGACCGAGCUCGCAGCUAUGGCAGAGUUUCCACCCAUCGAAAAGUGUGGCACCACAAUCAGCCGCGAGAGCGAAUCGGUGGCCUCCGAUCUGGAUGGAACGCUGCUGCGCGGGAGGAGUUCCUUCCCAUACUUUUUCCUCACCACUUUCGAGACGUCGGGGAUCUUGCGCUCCUGGCUGCUCCUCCUCGUCUCGCCUCUCGUCUGGCUUCUCUAUCACUUCAUCUCCGAGGCCGCUGGAAUCAAGCUCCUCAUCUUCGCUUCCCUGGCGGGUGUUCCAGUCUCUCAGAUCGAAUGCAUCGCCCGGAGUGUUCUUCCGCGGUUUUAUCUCCAGGAUCUCAACCCCGAGACGUGGAAGGUCUUCUCGUCCUUUGGGAAGAAGAUUGUUGUCACAGCGAAUCCCAGGAUCUUGGUGGAGUCGCUCUGCAAGGAAUUCCUAGGUGCUGACGAGGUGAUUGGAACCGAGCUGGAGGUGGAUAACCGAGGACGAGCAACCGGUUUCGUCAAGAGCCCCGGAGUUCUCGUUGGAGAGAACAAAGCCAAGGCCUUGCUCCAGGCCUGUGAUCCCGAGCAGCUCCCAGACGUUGGACUUGGCGAUCGGCAGACCGAUUUCCCGUUCAUGAAGCUUUGCAAGGAAGGAUACGUCGUCCCCCCAAGCAACAACGUGGAGCCAGUUCCAAAGUCCCAGCUUCUGAAGCCCAUCAUCUUUCACGAUGGUCGUCUCGUCCAGCUUCCGACGCCACUCGUGGCUCUCGUCACCCUCCUCUGGAUCCCCGUCGGCUUCGUUCUAGCCUGCCUCCGAAUCGCCGCAGGCUCGCUGCUUCCCAUGUCAAUCGUGUACCAUGCCUUCUGGCUGCUGGGAGUCCGAGUGACCGUGAAAGGAACGCCACCUCCGAGAGCCACCAAGAACUCCCGAGGCGUCCUCUUCAUCUGCUCGCACCGGACGCUGCUAGAUCCAAUCUUCCUGUCGUGUGCGCUGGGCCGAGGCGUCUCCGCCGUGACUUACUCGGUGUCCCGACUGUCCGAGAUCCUCAGCCCGAUCAAAACAGUGGCUCUCUCCAGGAACCGCUACAAGGACGCGGCUCAGAUCCGGGAGCUCCUGAAAGAAGGCGACCUGGUAAUCUGCCCCGAGGGAACGACGUGUCGGGAGCCAUUCCUGCUGCGUUUCAGCGCACUGUUCGCGGAGCUGGCCGACGAUAUCGUCCCCGUCGCCAUGGACAACCGGAUGAGCAUGUUCCACGGCACCGCUGCUCGUGCCUGGAAGGGGAUGGACCCAUUCUACUUCUUCAUGAAUCCCAGCCCCAGCUACGAGGUAACGUUCCUCCAGCAGCUCCCGGAAGAGCUCACUUGCAAGGGCGGCAAGAGCUCCCACGAAGUCGCAAACCAUAUCCAGCGAGCUCUGGCGGGAGUGCUAGAUUUCGAGUGUACCAAUCUGACGAGGAAGGACAAGUACAAGGCGCUCGUCGGCACGGACGGAUCGGUGGAGACCAAGAAGUCAACGUGAGCGAGUGUCGGCCGUG